AUGACAGAUUUUGUGAGAGAUUUUGUGACAAGAGGUACCGGUAUGGCCAGCACAAGGACCAAACCAGACAGUCUACUCAAAACAAACACUACCCCCUGGAUCACCGCCCUGGAUCACCCUGGAUCACCGCCCUGGAUCACUGCCCCUGGAUCACUGCCCCUGGAUCACUGCCCCUGGAUCACUGCCCUGGAUCACUGCCCUGGAUCACCGCCCCUGGAUCACCGCCCCUGGAUCCCGCCCCUGGAUCACCCCCCUGGAUCACCGCCCUGUGAUCACUGCCCCUGGAUCCUGCCCUGGAUCACUGCCCUGGAUCACCGCCUGGAUCUGCCCCUGGAUCUGCCCCUGGAUCACUGCCCUGGAUCACUGCCCUGGUCCUGCCCUGAUCCUGCCCAGGAUCAAUAUGUACCCUGGUGUGUGAUGACAGUCUUUGUACGAGUUGCUAUUAGACGUCCUAACACCCGCUGUCCUCAACACCUGGUGUCUCAACACCCGCUGUCCUCAACACCGCUGUCCUCAACACCUGGUGUCCUCAACACCCCGCUGUCCUCAACACCCGCUGUCCUCAACACCUGUGUCCUCAACACCCGCUGUCCUCAACACCGCUGUCUCAACACCCGCUGUCCUCAACACCUGGUGUCCUCAACACCCGCUGUCCUCAACACCGCUGUCCUCAACACCCGCUGUCCUCAACACCCGCUGUCCUCAACACCCGCUGUCCUCAACACCUGCUGUCCUCAACGCUGUCCUCAACACCUGGUGUCCUCAACACCAGCUUUGUCCUCAACACCUGCUGUCCUCAACACCGCUGUCCUCAACACCGCUGUCCUCAACACCCGCUGUCCUCAACACCUGGUGUCCUCCACUCCCGCUGUCCUCAACACCUGCUGUCCUCUCGCUGUCCUCAACACCUGGUGUCCUCAACACCUGCUGUCCUCAACACCUGCUGUCCUCAACACCUGGUGUCUCCACCUGCUGUCCUCAACACCUUCUGUCCUCAACACCCGCUGUCCUCAACACCUGCUGUCCUCAACACCUGUCUCACUCCGCUGUCCUCAACACCCGCUUCCUCAACACCUGCUGUCCUCAACACCGCUGUCCUCAACACCCGCUGUCCUCAACACCCACUGUCCUCAACACCAGUGUCCUCAGCACCUGCUGUCCUCACCCUUUCCUCAACACCCGCUGUCCUCAACACCUGGUGCUUUGUCCUCAACACCCGCUGUCCUCAACACCCGCUGUCCUCAACACCUGGUGUCCUCAACACCCGCUGUCCUCAACACCCUGUCUCCUCAACACCGCUGUCCCUCAACACCUGGUGUCCUCAACACCUGCUGUCCUCAACACCGCUGUCCUCAACACCGGUGUCCAACCUGUGUCUCAACACCUGGUGUCCUCAACACCCGCUCCUCAACACCUGGUGUCCUCAACACCUGGUGUCACUCAACACCUGGUGUCUAA